AUCAAAGUAUAUAAAAAUCGAAAACAUUAUCAUGACCUUCACUUUCUCUUUUCUCGCAGUUCGUUGUUUGAAGCAAGCCUUUUGCAAGUGUUACACAAGAUGAAGAUAAUUAUCGCUCUUGCUUGUCUCUUCGUUGGAACUCUUGCAGAUCGUUGCACAUUCCCAUGCAUCUUAAUGCUGAAGCCGGUGUGCGGUAGUGAUGGAAACACAUACCCAAAUGAAUGCGCCAUGAGAGGGGCGGCGUGCAGAACAGGAGCAGCUAUUACUGCUGUGUAUGAAGGAAACUGCAAAGAAAGUAACGGUUGUAUGUUCCCAUGUACAAUGAUUUACAAACCCGUAUGUGGUCAUGAUGGUAUCGUCUAUCCCAGUGAAUGCGCGAUGAGAAGUGCGGCUUGCAGAAAAGGAGAAGCCAUUAUUGCAGUUCAAAAUGGCGACAAAAACUGCGGAGAAUGCAAGAUCGCUUGCACUCGUGAGUACGCUCCAGUUUGUGGUUCGGAUGGCAAGACAUACCCCACUGAAUGUGUGAUGCUAUCAUUGGCUUGUAAGCAACAAAAACCAAUCGUUGCUGUCUAUCCUGGAAAAUGUAAAAACUAAAUUAUGUUUAACUGAAUAAAUGUAUCGAAUGUA